UCUAUCACAUGGACGGUUACUAAACUGCUUCAUUUCGGAAACAGAUUCGAAGGUAGUUUUUUGUCUCUUUUUACUGCAUUUUGCCACGUGGCGAGUAAAAUAAGCUAGUGUUCUACGGUAGUGGUUUGUAUCCUACGGAACAGUUACCGAAAUCACGUCGAUAAAGCACGAAUCGACGUUUACUACGUACUAAUUUUAACGAAGUUUUUACAAUGGCGGAAAACGGCAACGACGACCCUAUGCAGCAAACUAUCGAAGCCGAGCCUGAACAGGAACCACAGCAGUCAGGAGAAGCGGAGCAAUCCACAGAGGCAGCCACAGAUGAAGCGGUUGCUGCCCAAGAACCAGAUGCCGUUAAAGAAGAGCCAAGUACUGAACCCGAAAUUAAAGAGGAAGCUACUGCAGAAGCGGCCGCUGAAAACGGGACCGAUGGCGAAUGUGCACAAGCAGCCGAACAAGUGAACGAGGAAAAUACUGAAGGUGGUGAAGGCGAUGCAGAUGAUAAAGAAAAGCAUGAAGAGGAAGGGUCCUUGAUAAAUGCAACAGAAGAUAAUGAAUUGAAAAUGUUCGUUGGUGGUUUAUCAUGGGAUACUGAAACAGUUGGCUUGAGAGAGUACUUUUCCAAAUUUGGGGUUGUUAAAGACUGCACAAUCAAGAAGGACAGCAAGACUGAACGCUCUCGUGGUUUCGGCUUCGUUUUGUUCGAUGAUGCAGAAACAGUGAAGAAGGUACUGGAGUCCGAGAACCAUUAUCUUGAUGGCCGCAAAAUUGAUCCGAAAAAAGCCCAAGCUCAAAGAAGAGAUGGAAAGUUGUUUGUUGGUGGAAUCAACCCAGACACUGAAAACGAUGUGGUCAAAGAAUACUUCACUCAGUAUGGAGAGAUUGAAGAAUUUGAGCGACCUGUUGACAAGAACACUGGAAAAAACCGUGGCUUCUGUUUCAUUACCUACAAGAAAGAUGGUUGCAUUAAGCUUGCCACUGCAUCAAAAACCCAGGAAUUGGAAGGUUCCAAGAUUGAUGUAAAAGAAGCACAACCCCAGGUGGAAAGAUCUGGACGUGGUGGGGGUAGAGGAGGCUUUGGAAUGGGUAGAGGUGGUUGGGGUGGCCAUGGGGGUUACGGAGGAGGUUAUGGGUAUGGUGGUGGGAUGGGUUACGACGGGUAUGGGGCUUACGGUGGUUAUGGAGGACAUUAUGGGCCAGGGGGGUAUGGUAAUUAUGGCGGAUUUCAUCAGGGGGGUUACGGCGGAGGUAAGACAUCGAAAGGUCGGGGGGGUUCGGGAAGGCACAGAGAAGGGGAAUGGGACACCAGAACUCCUUCAAACCAUACUAGCUGGUAUGGUAGCCGUGGUCAUUUCCACGGAGCCUACCAGGGAUUUCAUAACUACUAGUGCUAUAUGCAUGAAAGUAGCUCGGCAGGGGGGAAGCCAAGAGCUGCCUUGAUGCUACACAAACAUGCACCAACAUACGUCACACACACAUAAACACACAACACUAGCUGAAUUCUACUUAAAACUGUUAAUAAUUGCUAACGCUAAAAGCUAAAUCACAACCAAGGUGGCCACGUUCAGUAUAAGUCAAUAUUAUUCAAGCAAAUAUUGAGACAUAAGCUAGUCUUUGUGAUUUCUCAGUAAAGUAAAGUCUGCUGAUAGCUUCUAGUUUAGUAAUUUGUAAAAUAAGAGUGCACAGCACAGUGGCCACCUUAACCCAAACCAAAAACCCCCAAUACCAAGUUUCUGGUCAAUUUUCCUUCGGAAGAUGCAACGUUGGAGCUUGAGAUCAAGGUAUUUCACCUCGGAUGGAACACAAUUUGGCCAAAACCUCGUCUUCUGUGCGACGUCGGACAUUCCAACUACCUUUCCGCUAUGAAGUUAAAUAAGAGGAAACCUUUUGUACAGUGCGGUUGACUUAAAAAGCACGACAGCAUUUCUUUUAUUAUAUCCUAAAUAUCGAAGGCUGAAAAUCGUGUUCAUUUGCCUGCCACUUGUUUAUUUUCGCAUUUUGUCCGUUCUUACAUUAUUGAAAAGCUAUUUUGUUUUUUCAUUUUGUUGUUGUUAUCUCAAAAUUGAGGUGAAGGUGCAAAUAAAUUGUGCUUUGCCCCAAA